AUGUCAACAGGUCCAGCUAUUGGCAUUGAUUUGGGCACGACUUUCUCAUGUAUCGGUGUUUUUCAAGACGGUAAGGUAAAAAUCCUUGCCAACAAUCUGGGUUACCGCAAAACUCCGAGUUAUGUGGCCUUCAGAGAUAAAGAACGAAUCAUCGGUGAUGCCGCAAAGAAUCAGGCGGCCGUAAACCCCACACAUACGGUUUUCAAUGUGAAACGGCUAAUUGGGCGCCGUUUCAACGAUGAGGCAGUGCAAGGUGACAUGAGACGAUGGCCAUUUAAAGUGAUAAAUUCAGGAGAGAGGCCGAAGAUUGAAGUAAAGCACCGCGGUGUGACGAAGCAAUUCACAGCGGAGGAGAUCUCGUCUGUGGUGCUGCUGAGGAUGAAGGAGACCGCAGAGGCGUAUUUGGGUGAGAGGGUUAAAAAUGCAGUGAUUACAGUACCGGCUUGUUUUAAUGACAGUCAACGUCAGGCGACGAUUAAUGCUGGCAAAAUAGCGGGCUUGAAUGUGAUGCGCAUAAUCAAUGAGUCGACAGCAGCUGCGCUUGCCUACGGUUUGGACAGGAGAGUCGACAGGCAGCGCAAUGUGCUCAUCUACGAUUUGGGUGGUGGUACUUUUAAUGUGUCUAUCGUGUCCAUAGAGAAUGAAAAUUUUGAGGUGAAGGCCGUUGGUGGUGACACGCAUCUAGGAGGUGAGGACUUUGAUUCUCGACUGGUGGAUCACUGCGUGGAGAUGUUUAAGCAAGAGCACAAGGGAAGAGAUUUGACGACCAGCGCAAAAGCCAUCAGCCGUCUGAGAAAGCAGUGUGAAAAUGCAAAGAGGACAUUGAGUUCGGCUGAGCGCACGAACAUAGAUGUAGAAUCGCUGUUUGAGGGUAUCAAUUUCUCUGCAUCGAUCACACGUCGCUGUUUUGAGCAAUUGUGCUUAGACCUCUUCUUUAGGACGCUAGAGCUUGCGAAGAAGGCAUUAAGUGAUGCCAAGUUGGACAUGGCUGAUGUUCACGAGGUAUUGUUGGUGGGUGGAUCGACCCGUAUUCCAAAGGUGCAGCAGUUGCUGCAGAACUUCUUUUGUGAGAGUAAGUUGAACAAGUCCAUAAACCCGGAUGAGGCAGCAGCUUACGGUGCGGUGUUGCUGGCAUCCAGUCUCACUGAUGAGAAGCCGCUGAUGCUGGUGGAAGUGGCGCCACACUCACUGGACUUGGUGACAACAACGUUGAUAAAGCGUAACACGAAAAUCCCAACGAAGACGUCAGAGGUCUUCACUACAUCUUCUGACUAUCAAUCGAGUAUGUCAUUCCAAGUGUAUGAGGAUGGGCAUACAACGGCAAAUGACAAUAACUUGCUGAUCGAGUUCCAGUUGUCAGGUAUCCCAUUAGCGCCGUGCGGUGUUCCUCGGGUUCAAGUGACCUUUGCUAUUGACGAAAAUGGCAUUUUCGAUGUGUCGGCAGUGGACAAGUCGUCGAGGAAGCAGAUUGACAUCAGUAUUAAGAACAGGUGUUGUCUGUCGGAGGAUGAGAUUGAGCAAGUAUUAAAUGAUGCGGGGAGGUUGAAGUGGGAGGAUGAGAAGCAGAAGAGUAGGAUGGCAGCGAAGAUUAUGCUGGAGAAAUACAUCUUCACCAUAAAAUCCAAGAUAGAGGACGACGAGGUAAAGCAGGAGACAUCGGAGGAGUUUCGCGAAAAUGUGCUUACCAUGUGUGAUACGAUGCUCAAGCAAAUAGACAUCGACCAAAUGGCCACAAAGGAGGACUACGAGCUUAUGCACACAAAGGUUGAGAGUGUGUGUGGCCCCAUCAUGGCAAUGAACAUACUCAGUCCGUGA